CAUUUGUGGACUUACCUUGCUGGAGUAAACACAAACCGAGCGUGGCGACCGGCAGCCCUGACGAGAGAGUGGCUCUGAAAAGUGCUAAGUGCUCUAAAGUGAUUCGAGUGUGAGGCGAGUUUUCAGUGUGAACAGUUGGUUGUUGCCGCAUUCGGUGGAGGUGUUGAUUAAGCUCAGUUUAUCAGCUGCUCAGCGUGAGUGUCUUGGAAAGCAGCGCACUGCUGUGUGACCCAUGCGUUGUUAAUCGUUUCUUGGAAGAUAAACUAAAGUGUGCCAAAAUCAACGCGCAAUCACACACAUGAAAGCUUUAAGUUAGCGUACGGCGCAGCCUGAGAGCUUUACAUCACACAUAAAAGUGCAUGCAACGAUCAGCAAGACACUUGAAAGUCCCACGGUUAUUACUGUUAUUGUGUUAUCACAGAGAGACUUGGUCCAAUCGGCUGCGCUUGAACCUUAGUUAGAACCGGUUGAAGUUAUUCUGAAGGUAUAAUAAAAGAGGACGGUACCCCACUGAUCAAUCUUACCCCGUUUCACGGUACGUGUACUAACCAGUGAGUUCGGGCUGCGUAUGUGAACUUGGAAAAGGUGUUGGUCCCAUUCGAACGCCCCGUUGAAGUUACUACAGAUCGCGAGUGGGUGCUGAGCUGAGUAGAGCUGAUUGAUCCAGAUAGAUUGGACGCGCAAGUGGCUCAGUAAGGUUCUGUGCUGUGAGCGCGUGCGCAAGUUUCUGUGAAGAGAAAAAAAAGUGAUUAGCCGGUGGCAGCUGGAAUUGAACGAUUGCAAACCAUGACAACCAAGGUCACGGUGCUCGUACUGUUAGCGGUGUCAACGUUUUACCCGGGCCCAGCCCUCGGCGGUCUACUGAGGACACCAAAGGUCUACAAUGCAGUCAUAACGACCGACGAGAAUUUGACCCCGAGCCGAGCCUAUCCCGUGGUGCAGCCGGUGGUUCAUGAGGCGGGUCUGGCCUAUCCAUUCGGGGCGUUUGGGCCCUUCGGUCUCUACAAUGCGUUCAACUCGUACCCAGGAUUCUAUCAACCACAACCGUCGUCAGCUGCUGGUUCACCGGGAGCGGCUGUUGCCCAGCAGGUGCAAGGUCGCAACAAUGCGUACUAUGCCCCAAGGAAUCCGGAACCACAACUACAAGAUGCCCCCAUUGAGACGUUGCCAGGUGCAAGACCUCCAGCAGAAACAAAUCUUCCACUUCGAGAGGCUCCAGUCCCAGAAGUUAUCCCUGUACCAAACAACAGCAUCGCACCGAAAGCGCCUGAAGGUCCACGACCCAAUUACGAAGAACGCCCAGCCACUCAGAACAAUCCGCUCCAGUUGAACGAAUUCGGUCUACCACCCAGUCUGAUUCCACUAUCUUCCUACAAUGGUGCCCCGGCUCAACACCAACAAGCGUACAACCUGCCUGGAUACCCAUACAACUUCCCGGUCCUUUACGAUUCUUUCGGAAACUACAACCCAACACAAUACCAAUCCGUGCUGCCACCUUUCGGAUACUUCCCCCAACUGGCUCAACCGAAUCCUUACUUUGCCCAAAAUGUUGUCCCCAACGGACCACUGAACAACGCUGUCGAUCCGCAGCAAAUCAAUCGUAGCGGCCGUGAACAGGACCUUCCGGAGCCCACGAAAGAAGAUCUGCAAAAUGCCCCUCAAGAAGGCAAAGAGGCUGCUGCCGAAAGUCAAACCGAAGCGGAACCCACGGAAGGCGCCAAAUCCGAGGAGAGCACAACCGUGCAAAAUAUCCCCGACAGCAUCAAGAAUAACGCCAACAAAAACAAGGAUAUCCCGGAUGUGCCUCCACCUCCGAUUCCAUCCGGCGCCAAGGAAGCCGAUCAGUAAGGGAGGGCUGAUCAUCUGAGAUAUUAGUAGGUUAAGUUACGCCGAACACGUGGGAUUGUGCACGCGUUUCACAUUUGUAGGAUACUCAUUGUUCAUCGAUCGUUUUGAAAAUAAAAGAUUGUUUUUUUAUUUAU